CCGAAGACCCUGAAUUUCAUUCAGGACGGCUUCUGCGCCACGACAAUGCCAGCCAUACCGAUGCAAUCCCUCAUUCUGGUAACUGGUGCCAAUGGUUACGUUGGCACUCAUGUCACAGAGCAGCUUCUUGAGCAUGGCUAUCGUGUACGUGGCACAGUUCGCGAUGCGUACAAAGGAAGAUAUCUGCACGAAGUCUUCGACGGGAAGUGGGGAUCCGAGGCAUUGGACAUUCAUGUCGUUACCGACAUGGCCACCGAAGGAGCCUUUGACCAUUUGUUGAGUGGUUGCGCGGGAGUGAUACAUGUUGCAUCAGACCUGAGCCUUGAUCCGAAUCCAUACAAAGUCAUUCCUAUGGUGGUCAAUGGUGUGAAGAAUCUGCUGAGCGCUGCGGCCCGUAAUCCCAGCGUCAAGCGGUUUGUCUUCACAUCGUCUUCAGCAGCGACAACUGCUCCUAUCGUCGACAAGGAAUUUCGCGUGGACAGUAGCACUUGGAAUUGGGCAGACGUUGAGCUCGCCUGGCAGCCUCCACCUUACACCGAAGAUCGAAGACUUGCUGUGUAUGCUGCGAGCAAGACUCUAGCAGAAUUAGAGUGCUGGAGAUUCGUGAAAGAGGAGAAGCCUCCCUUUGUCCUGAACACCGUCUUACCGAACUGCGUCAUUGGCAGGAUACUCUCGAGUAAAUUAUCUGCAUCGACAGGAGGGUGGUACAAAGGUCUUUGGGAUGGCAAGGCGGAUGAUCUACAUCUCCUACGACACGUAUUCCCUCCACAGCAUUAUGUGAACGCCACGGACACAGCACUCUUGCAUAUUGCUGCUCUUCUAGAAGAAGACGUUGUGGGUGAGAGACUCUUGGCUUUCGCAGGUCCGUUCAACUUCAACGACACUGUCGAAGUACUGGAACGACUUGAUGCCGCUGGAUGUGGCGGGGGGACAAAGCAUUGGGAGAGGAUCGAGAAUGCAUCGAAAGAUCUGAAAACUGUAGACACAGCGAGGUCUCAAGAGAUUCUUGAGCGGUAUGGAAGAUCAGGUUUCAGUGACCUGGAGACAUGUCUUAGGGAAGCAGUGACCUCUUGA